AUGGCGAACCGUAACAACAAGAAAAAAACACCAGAAGGAACAAGAAACGUUGGUUGAAUUUCAUUUAUUUUGAUUUUUUGUUCAAAAAAAGAACAGUAGCUAGAUAUUGUGAGAGAAAAUUCUCGCUAUAAACUCGUUAUUUCGAUAAUCAUUUGAAUUGCUGUGAAUUAAUGAAAACCAAGUCAGUUGCAAAAAAAUGUUCAACUUGUACUCAAAAAUCGAGGAAAAGUUGUAGCUCACACUGAAUAUCAUACAAAAUUUUCCCCGAAACUCACCACUUUUUGUUUCAAAUGAGAGCCAAUUUGAAAUUGUCCUAUCUUCACCAGUCUGGUUGAAAAAAUUGUCCUUUUAUUGAAAAAUUAUCUUUUUUUUCCAGAGUCGUUUCUAUAUAAACCAGUAGAGGAAAUAUAUUUGUAUGCAUUUUCAGCCAGAAUAAAAUUGCAGGUCGUGUCCCGGAAAACGCGAACAAAUCGUUUGCAGCUUUCUCAUAACGACAGCGGCUUCAUGAGCAGCUCUGACGACGCCGAGCGCCUUACCAACGCCAAAAGUUCCGGCGAUUUUUGUGAGCUUUUCUUUCUAUUUUUGGAAGCUUAACAUUAAACUUUUCUUCAACCGACCAGCCUCAUUGUACUAUAUUUUUGAAGCAAUAUACUAUCUGGUGAGCAAUAUACUAUAUGGUGAGCAAUAUACUAUAUGGUGAGCAAUAUACUAUAUGGUGAGCCGAAUAAUGACGAGUUGCUUUGAAAAGUUUUGCAACCAUGUAAUUAGGGAACUCAGAAAGAAAAUCUCGACUUUCUGUUAAAUUCACCUGUUUUCUAGCCGCAUUUAUUAUUUCCCAUGCUUCAAGAAGUUCUCAGCAGGUUUCAUUGGCAAAAAAAUUCUAUUAUUGACUAAUUCCAAAGAAUAUUUUUUUCAUUAUACUUUUUUUAAUGGCCAAUUACCUCACUACUGUUUUUUAUUUUCUUGAAGUUUUGUUUUUUGAGGAGAAUCCAUAUAAGGAAAAGUUCAUCAAUCGCAGCUCAGUUAUACAAAUACAUAUAUGAUAAAUAUCGUCAAAUUCUAGAUGACUCAAAAAUUAAUUUUGUCAAAAUGUUUACACUAUUGUUCUUUUGAAAAUUUCCCAUUGUUUCAAUAAUUAGUCGGGAUGAAGUCUCCUGACCAGUUCCUUAAAGCGAAAUUGCUGAAUACUUGUCCUUUUCGCGAAAAAUGGGAGCGCGAGAGGAAAAAUUGGGGAGGCAGGCGUCGUCGGGUGAUCUCUGCAAUAAGGACUAGUGGUGGCGCGACCAUACCCUCAGAAACGCGUCUCCAGCCCGAUCUGAUGUGCUUUUACGCGUUUUCUAAGCGGUACAUGUUAUGAAUGACACUUAGCUAGUUAUUAAUCGAUCUGGAGAUCAUUGGACAACAAAAUGAAAAAGAAACUUCUGUAUUUUGUGAUGAAUAAAAAAAUGAAAUUUGAUGUUUUCAAAAACAGGCCUGAAACACUUGGUAAAGGCCUCUCGGGAUGAAAAAAAUUAAAAAAAUUUCUCGAGUUACUUUUUUUAGAAGCUUAUGGUAAAAAAAUAGUGUGGGGGCCGGAGGGCAGGCCAAUCAUUCUUUGUGGCUUCAACAACUGGGAAAAAAACAGAUAAAGAAAAAAAAUCAACAGACAAAAAAUUUCCCUAGAUCCAUGGAAAAGGAAGAUCAUUUUAUCUGAACUUUGAAGUUUGGUGUUUUACAUGAAAUCUUGAAUAGUUUUUUUCUUUACAGGGAUCCAAAAAAAUCAUGAGUUUUUUUGCAAGAAGUUUCACAGUUUAUUUUUGAAAUACAAAAAAACCCGUCGAAAGUUUUUCUCUUAUAAUAUUUUUUUCCGACCGAAAUUCCAUUUCCUAAGCAUGUGACAGCUGUCAGAAUUUCAAAAAGUGUUUUUUGAAAUUUUGAGAAUUUCAAAAUUCAACAGAUUCAUCAAAUUGUUUACUAGGCGCUGCACUUGCAAAAACUAUUUUCACAAUACAUUUCGUGGUUGUUUUUCAUAUAAACGGCAAUGUGUUCCCCUUUUUGAGACAGUAGUUCAUUUCCGAUACUUUUUAUGAAAGUAUUCUUUUUCCGAGAUUUAUUGCAGAAGUGAGUCCCCAUCCCCAUUUAUAAGAAAUUUUGUAUCGAUUUAGUUAGAUCAUGACUCAAAAUUUUCAGCCGAAUCGUUGGAGAGCAUCGAAACGUCAUCGGUCAACACGACAACUUCGUUCGACAGGUCUGUAGUUUUUUAUAUUUACGACACUGUCAAAGUUGGAUGCGAUGUUAUUCGCCAAAGUUGGAGAGAACAAAAAACACCUGCAUGUACCUGAACGCCUCGUAAUGACGUCAUAAAACAGAAUAACUGUUCUUUGUCAACCGAAUGGUUUUAGAACCUCUUUUUUCAGAUCUCAAUGAAUUUGAAACUUUUUUUCACUUUCUGAAAACUUGGACUACUUUUUCGCUGAUAGACUGAGGUUCAGCUGUUUGUUGAUUGAUAACAAAUGGCAAGUCGAUUUUUUGUGUCAUACACUUUCGCGAAGAGACUGAGCUUCGCAUUGAGAAAAUAUCACGAGAGUCAAAAUUCACUUUUUUUUUCUGCGCUAUGAAUCUGUUUUCAUGUAUAUUUUGGACUUUAAUCCAAAAAAUAUUUGAGACUAUUGGCUGUGUGUAUCUGACUAAAUUGCUGAAAUUUUAUUUUCUUCUAUCGGAACACUGUAUUGACCGCAGGCUUUAAAAAAUUUUAAAUGAAGGUCAAACCAGAAUUGGAAAGCUUCGAAGAGAAUCUUUUUCGAAAUUUGAGCAGUUUCCUUUCUUUUUGAGCCAAUUGUGAAUAGAAUGAAGUCUAGAAUUGAUUCUUGAGCAAACAAACAAGGCAUACGGAAUUCUUUGUUUUAAAAUCACAAUUAUCAUGAAAAUUGUUCCGAAACUAUUUUUUUUUUCUUAAAUCUUAAGCUUGCCACUCAGGAAGACUUUCGACUUAUGCUUUCAUUUCAGAAGGUUUUUAAUUCUUCGCCAAAAACUUUACACCAGAAGAACUACCGUGCAAAAGUUGUCGCUUUUUUUGAGACUCGAUAUUUCAGUUUCUCUGAUAAUUAGCUCAAAUCAAUCUUGACACGAAAACAGUCACAGACCGAGGUUUUUUCAAGGUUCACGAGCAAAGAACGAAAACAAGACAAAGCAAAGCACGCUCAGAAAACGAAGCAAUUCACAUGAAUUGCAAACCGUCGCUUAUCGUACUUUUUUGCGUAUUUGCCACCCGGCUGUGCAGGGACUGGAGCCCUGAUAGAAACCGACAAAAAUGGUCCGACGCCUGUUCGGAGCCUCGAACCCUAGAUGUGCUGAUUUGCGAUGCUCAAUCAGUCAUGUGGCGUGAUAACUCUCCAAGUCCAUCCUCCUAUCUUGGGCAGUUUAUAUUUCGAAGUUAUCGCAUUCUUUGCAAUUAUAUUUUUCGAGAGCCUCAUGUGGCUCAAAUUCAGCUUGUAACAGUUUUUUGGAUCUACUUAAUCAGAUUUUUACAAACUUUUUAAAAAAAUAAUGCGGUUAUCGUGUCAAGAACUCUCAACAAUUUUGUUAAAAUUUCUUUCGCUGGAAAUCCAACUUUCUUUUCAGUCAUUUACAAAUGUUUUGUUAUUAAUGAUUACUGUUUUUUUAAAACUUUUAUUACAACCUUUUUUCGCUUUCUGAUUUUCCGAAAGAUCCGAGUAAGUUUUCAUAACUUAAUGACAAUCUUAACUUUGAAAAGUUCCUCUUUAAAUGCUACGAGCCAAUUCCGAUAGAUAGGUAUUUACAUAUUGGAAAAAAGUUCAAUUUGAUGAUUAAUAAGUCUGAAAUAGAUUCUUCAUUUAUCAAUCUAUCCGCUUUUUUCCCUAUUUUCAAACAUUUCCAAGCGUUUUUUGAUCUUUUAAAAAAAAGAAUUUACUUAUUUUUAAAGCGAAAUUUCACGGACACCAACUCUGUUUUUUUCUUAUGUUGUAUUUACUUAAAAGCGAAAGCGGAACUUGCUGUGAUCGAGAAACUUUUUUUUGUAUCGUAGUUUUAUCGUCAUUGAACCAGAUCUAAACUGGUGAAUUGAUCGCAAACAAGUGACAAAAACAGUUUGACGCACUUUCGAACGAUAGCGAAGUUUCGUUGGGAGUUGAUGCGGGCGGUAGACAGGAGGAAAUCGGGACUCAACUUGAUAGAAGCCGUCGAUAGCGAUCGUCAAACCAAUGCAGCUCGUCACGCUGUUUCUCUGUCUCAGGCCGUGUAUUGUCGCAUUUUGUCCGAGAUCACCGCGAGAGAUAAUUUCGUGGGUCUCGGCAUGCUUUGGCCAAGAACAGUACCAGAGGCCAUGUCGUUUUCGACCUCGUAUCUUUCUAUUUUUGCUAUGUUCCGACUUUCAUUUUUGAGUUCGCCAACGAAAAUGUCCCUUUCAAGCUGAGAAUUUCGAAAAAACGACUCACAAUAUUUUAAUGUGACAGUUGGAAAACAGUAUCCACCUGCAAAAAUUUUUCAUUUUCGCUGAAAAUUUCCAAAAUCUGAUAACGAAUUAUUCAAUUAGCCAUUUACGUUUUUUUUUUCAAAAUCUUCAGGCAGGGAACGGUUUUUGUGAAAGAAAAAUUUUUUGUUGGUUUUUUCAAAGAAUGAUUUUUUUCCUAAUUUCAACCAUCAUUUUUUUGAGGUUCGAGUAGUUCUUGGCCAUUAUUUGGAGGGACAAAAUUUCAAAAAAGAAGCCUUAAUAUGAGUUUCAAUAGCGUUAUUAGAACUUUUAAAAGCCAAAAAAAGCUUCUUUUAAAUCCCGUUUUUUUUUUGGAGUGUUUUUUUCUCCGUUCCAUGAAAUCGGAGAAAAUUCCUAGGCUUCGGAACGUUUCCCGUUCAAAGAUCAGUGGGAUAAAUCCUGCUUUUUCAUGUAAUGACCCUUCGUUGACGCGUCGAUUCGGUCGUGACGUUAGCUGAUGUCUUUCUGGAACAAAAGACACGUGCAAGUGGAGGACGACACCUUUUUUGAGAAUUGUCUUUAGAUUGUCGUUAGAAAGACGUAAAAGGGAUUUUGAAUUUUUGAAUUUUUUUUUAUUUAUUUAUUUCAAAACUUCAUUAAAUUUUGUUCAAGUUUCAGUUCGAUUUGAUUUUCUGAAAGGAGUUUAGUGCUUCAUAAUUUUUUUUUGAAACCAGUUCGUUGCCAUGAUGGACCGGCAUGAUCUGAAUGCAGAUUUUAUUCUUAAUUUUUUAAAGCGAACAAUUUAGGUCCUCUUGAAAUUUGUUCUGAAAAUUUUUUCGUUCUGAAAGUUUUUAUUCUAGAUUUAAUACCCCUCAAAGUUUAAAACGGGUAGUCGGCAAAAAAAGGAAAGGUUGUUUUUCACCUUUCCGUGUCACUAUAAUUAAAAAGACUCUUUGAAAACUCUCAAAGUUUUGAGAAUUGAAAAAGCAGAUUGAUAAAGAAGAGUCACUUUCAAAAUUUGAAACGACCUCAUUUCUGGAAUGGCGCACAAAAUGAAUUUGCGGCGAAUAGGUUGAACGUGCAAAGUGGCGUGAUUUCGUUCACAUUUACCUCUCUAUCAUUCUUUUUUCGCCCCCAAGACGCUCUCUGCACUAUGCUUUUUUGUCCAUCACUUUUUGUCGUAUUUGUUCUUUUUUUCGAGGCAAUGGAGCUUUUUCAGUUUAGAGGGCGACGUUAAUCGACUUUCUUCGUAAGUAAACGAUAUUGGCUGAAAUUUCAUUUUAAAAUAGUUUCUCAUCAUAUUCUUGAUUCGUUCAAACGCCUAAAUACAAAAUAAAAAAUAAAUGAAGCAGGAAGAAUUAGACCAAUUCUCUCGAAAGGAAAUCAGUCUAAGCGCCUUGGAGCGGCGUUUCUGAAUAUUUGCAAGAACGUCCAUAUUUGCUCGCUUUGAAGCGAUCUGCAAUGCUUCAAAACUAAAAAAAGUUGUUCUUCAAACUUUGGCACCUGUUGAUCUCAUCAAUAAAACAAGAUCGUAAAAUCGGAGUUCAUUGUUCUUCUACGACUUUUCACACGUCGCCGACUUCUCUCAUGCCUGUAGCAAUUAUUAGGUAGUCUUAAGUUUCAAAGAUCAGGUUAUUACAGUGAUCACUAGGAUAAUUACUGUUGUUUCUUUGGUCUCGACCUCAAUCCUUAGAUCAUGCGUCCUUUUGGACAUUGCAUUUGUCUGGUUGAGUUCUUGUUUUUUAUCUGCUCUUUAUUUUCAUUUUUCUCAAAUUUUUGGUCUUAUUUCUCUGAAUUAGUUUAUUGGAUGUCUUAAUUGCAGUAUCUUUGUUUCGAAGUUCUUAUUCGCCCGUCAAGCAAUUCAGAACGUUCUUUUCGUGCAAUCAGCGUUUCAGAAUAGUUCUCAGAAGUUUACCUCCUUUUGAGAUUGCUGAAAACCUCCGUCUUUCACGUUUAAAAAAUUUUGAUAGUUUAAUCUUCCGUUAAAACAGUGCAGAAAGUUUAUUUUCAAAUAAGUCAAGCAGGUCUUUUUCCUCUCAAAGUGUAGAAUAAAAAUUUUUUUCUGCCAGGAUUUACCAUAAACAAUGAUUUAUGAUUGAAAUUCUAAAUUGUGUGGCACUCCUAUUCUGAACGCGUAAAAUUCUUGUGCAAAAAUUUGAAUCCUACAGGUUUUUUUUCCUACUCCAAAAAAAUAUUUUUAUAAGUCUCAACCGGAAACCGGUUUUUUUUUUUGAUACCUGAACUCUUCACAUUUCAAAUAUCUUCUAACUCUGGAUUUCAGCGAUAAAAAAAUAUGAUGGAAAGUCAAACUCUCGAAAUCAUGCGAUUUUUUAAUCCAUCUAAAAAUGAAUUAUGAAAUUUCUGUAUCAGACGUUUCAAGACGUCAUUUUUAGGCUUUGAUCACAUGAACUAUAAGUGGAAAAAGGAAAAGAUGAGGUGAAAGGGGCAAUCAAGGUGACUUGCCGCUCUAUCUCUAUAUCUAAGGAUCGUCUCUUCUUUCUUAUCGGAAUACCACCUCGCAGCCCCUUUCUAUUUCCUCGCUUCGUUCUCGCAUCUCGUGCCCUUUCCACACGCCCUCCGGUGUUUUCCAUCAUUCAGACUUACCUGCUGAAACUUUUGGAUUUCUUUUGCGUUUUUCUCAUUUUAUGUAGUAUUUUAACGUUUUUCAGUGAGACGGGUCGCGCUGUGACGGCUGCUUCCAACACAAUGAGUAGCCAACGCGCUUCUAUCAAAACUUUCCAUAUGAGCAAUACACAAGAUGGGGACAAGGUUUGUGUUUUUUUGUUCAUUUCAACUUCAAAAUGUAUGAUGAACCAAAAACUGAAAAAGCUACAUGAUUCCAGUCAUUUUUUUGCUCCUAAAAUAAUUUCAAACAGUGAGAAUGAACCUUUUUAAAGAAGUAUUUUCAGGACAGAUUAGACCAAGGAGACACAAUUUUCCCGACCGUGGAAUCUUUCGUUGAGAGAUUUGUCGAAGACCCAGCCAAACGACGGCCAAUCAAAAGAGUUGGUUCUAUUUUUGUAGCUCUUUCCAUUGAUAUGAAAGUUUCUUUUUCCCUUUUUAUUUGUAAUCGUUCAAUUUUAGAUAUAUAAAUUAUUUUUUUCGUUUUUACAGAUGUUUAACAAGCUAAAUUUUUUUGAAAGCUUUCUCUACUUUUUUCGAAUGUCAGUCUUCAUCUUUUCAAUUCAGAUCCUGGUUGCCACGAAUGGAAUUGCUGCCGUUCGCUGCAUCCUGUCCAUCCGGCGUCUUUUGAUGCGUUUGUUCCGCAACGACAAAAUGAUCAAGUUCAUUUGUCUUACCACUGAGCACGAAAUUCAGUCGAAUGCAGGUAAUAUUUCUUUCAAAAACUUUCACCUUUUUAUUUUCUUUGCAGAAUAUUUGAAGCUGGCUGAUUCUAUCGUACACUCCCCAACAGGAAGCAAUCGCAACAACUACGCAAACGUCAAUGAGAUCGUGUCACACGCCGUCGAGAAAAACGUUUUCAUUGUUUUAAAUUUUCAUAUAAAAUGGAAACAAUCUAGGUGGACGCUGUGUGGGCCGGUUGGGGUCAUGCAUCUGAGAAUCCGGAGCUCCCUAGACAGCUUGCGGCCAGAAACAUCGUUUUCAUCGGACCGCCGAGCUCCGCUAUGUUUUCGCUGGGCGACAAAAUCGCCAGUACCAUUAUUGCUCAGGUCAGUGGUUUUUUCGGUUCAGCUCGACCAUUUCUUGAAAAUUUUAUUAAAUGUGGCCUGGACACUUGAAUUCAAGACUUUUCCGGGACCUUUCGAAUAAGUCAAUAUCCAUUAUCAGACUUGAUAAAAACUAUUUUCACCGUUUCUUUCGAACUCCAAAAAAAAUCCUUCACUUUCAACGGUUAGAGAGACCGCUUGAAUCCUUUUCCAUCAAACCAAUAAAAAAAAUUUUCAGACGGUUGGCAUCCCGACGAUUGAAUGGUCCGGAAGUGGAAUCAAAAUGGACGUGAGCAACAAAAAAGAAGGGGAAACGGUCGAAGUGCCGCGUGAUCUUUUCACGAAAGCCACCGUCACAAACUAUCGCGAAGGCCUGGAGGCUCUUGAACGCCACAAAAUCGGCUUUCCGCUGAUGGUUUGUUUUCGCCGCCACUCAAAACAUUUUCUGAAAGCCUGGCUGGGUUGAAAAGAUGAUAAAACGUCUGGAAAACAUCAGAUAAAAGCGCGUAGGUGUUGGAAUUCGGUCAUUUAAAAAUAGCACUCGAAAAGCGUUUUGAAAUUUCUUCUUAAUUCAUUUUUUGAUAGAACAGAAUGAUAAGAUGUCUUUUGAAUUUAUAAAUUUUUGAAAGAGUAGCAGUUUCAUUUUCAGAGUAAUAUAAUUAAUUUCAAAGCCAGUAUUCUGAUUCUAAGGAAAAAUAAUUGUAAAACUUCAAAUUUUUCAAUCUUUCUUUUUUGAUCAACCUUUUCACAAUAAAAUCUCAGAUCAAAGCUUCCGAAGGAGGCGGCGGCAAGGGAAUUCGAAAAUGCACGCGAGUCGAGCAGUUCAAAGAAAUGUUCGAAGAAGUUUGCCAAGAGCUUCCGGGGUCGCCGAUUUUCCUCAUGAAGUGCGUCGAGAACGCUCGUCACAUCGAAGUUCAGCUCAUCGCCGAUAGGUUUGAUAGAAACAAGCUUUAAUUUUUCGAUUUCUUUUUCAGAUACGAAACGGUGAUUCCCGUCUACACACGUGACUGCUCCAUCCAGCGUCGUUGCCAGAAAAUCAUCGAAGAAGCGCCAGCAAGUGUUGCCCCUGAAGCAACUCUCCGAUCCAUGCAAGCGGUUGGAGAAUGACGUUUCCAGAAAAUGUUCAUGAAUUUCGUUCAGGACGCCGUCCGAAUCGCUCAACUUGUCGGUUACGAGUCAGCCGGUACCGUCGAAUACAUGUAUUUACCCGACGAAAACCGCUACUUUUUCUUAGAGCUCAACCCGCGUUUGCAGGUCUGAUUUUGUGUAUUUUUUUCAUUUACUAAGGUUAUUUGAUAGGUCGAGCACCCAUGUACUGAAAUGAUAGCCAAGCAACUGAAUAUUCCCGCGGUACAAGUACAAAUCGCUAUGGGUCUUCCUCUUCAUCGUAUUACUGAUAUUCGUCUUCUUUUCUGUGAGUGUACCUUUUUUUGUAGAAAUAAAAAAGACUUUCUUCAGCUUUGCCACGAAACGGAAUGGAAACACUUCCUGAUGACGUCAUCCUCACAAAAACCGACUACUCGGUCAUCGCUGCUCGCAUCACUUCUGAAGACCCCGACGACUCCUUCCGUCCUUCCACAGGCUCUGUCGAGCAGCUAAACUUCCGCUCCUCUCAAGACGUCUGGGGGUACUUCUCCGUCUCCAGCGGCAGCAAGGUCCACGAGUUUGCAGACUCACAGUUUGGACACUUGUUCGCUCGCGGACGCACCAGGUACACUUAAAUAAGGAAAACUUCGAAGCAAUCAUUCUUUCCAGACACGAAGCCAUCUCAGCCAUGCUGAUUGCCCUGAAAGAACUGGAGUUGCGAGCCACGUUCGCUUCCCAAGUGUCAUACCUCGUCGAUCUCUUGAUGGAGCCGGACUUCACCAACAACCGAUUCAACACCCAAUGGUUGGACAACCGCAUCGCCCAGAAGGUCAAGCAAGUGAGUUAAAACUCAAAAGGACUAUUCAACGUGAAGCAUUUGUAGAAGGUUGAUCUUCCAAUGAGCGAGAUCAUCGCUAUCAGCGCGGCCGUGAUUGGCCACGCCCGUGUCACAUCGGUCUUUAACAACUUCAAAAACGCCAUUGAGCGUGGACAAGUCCUUCCGCCGACUGACCUGACGGAGACGUUCUUGUUCGACCUUGUCAAGGAUCUCAAGAUUUAUCGCGUUAGUAUUCUUUCCAAUUGGAAAUUUUUUUGAAAAUUCAAUUUUUUUGACUUCCCUUUAAACUAAAAAAAUUUUUGCUAUAAAGACUAAUCAUACUCUUGUAAGCCCCCCAAAUGUUUUUUUGAAAAAAACUUUGUUUUUUUUUUUUGGAAACAUGGAAUCUCCAAAAAUUUGAAAAAAAUUGAUGACCGAAAAUUCGAUUUUUCAUAGAGUAAAAAUGAAGAAAAGUCUAAUUUUCAGGUUACCGUCACAAGAAGCGCUCCUUUGACAUUCGUGGUUUCACUCAACAGCGUCACGACAACUGUCGAGAUUGUUCUUCUCGGAAAUGGCGGCCUUCUGGUCACCCAUGGCGAAAACGUUUUCCAAUGCGGAUUGGAAGAAACCAACGAGACAUUCAAGGUACCUUGAAGUUUAGUUCUUAUCAAAAAUUUUUCAUUUAAGGUUGCUAUUGGUCGAUCAAUCAUCGUUUUCGAAAAAGACAAUGACCCAAGCAUCUUGAAAUCUCCCUACACUGGAAAACUCCUCUCGUACAAAAAAGACAACAACGAGUGGAUGGAAAUGGGCGAAACUUAUGCGACUGUCGAGUCCAUGAAGCUGGUCUUCAACGUCGAAGUGAAGAAAGCUCCUGGAAGGUACUGUUAAUUCGAAACUUUAUCAAAGAACUUUUUCUUAGACUUGUUCGAGUUGCCAACGAAGGCGAUCUUCUCUAUCCUGGCUCUGUGAUCGCCCGCCUUUGCGACCAAAAAGAUGCUGAGAAGUACAGGCCAAAGCCUUUCGAUGGAAUCUUCCCCGAGUGGCGAAAGAUUAUGGAUGAGCGUGAUUUCAACUCGGCCAAGCACUACAAUGUCUCGUUGAACGUAUGUCGUUUAGAAUUUUCUGUAUUUCAUGAAAUACUUCAGAACUGUAAAAACAUUCUGCGUGGUUCGAUUCCCAUUGGAGGAGAGAAAGAGAUUCGCGAAACUUUCAACGCCUUCUUCAGCAAAUAUCUUGGCAAUGAGAAUCUUAAAGCUCUUCUGUUCCAAGUAUGAAACCUUCUCUGAAAUAUUUUUGAGUUAUGGUUUUCAGCCGCUGAUUCCGAGCUUUGUUCAGUCGGUUAGAGAACCAUUCCAGUCCGAGCUCCGCAAUGAAUUGCAAAAAAAAGUUCUCGAUUUGGAGAGAAUCAACGUGGGAAUAUUGAAACUGCAUUCCGAUUCGCAAGAAAAAAGGUUCAGGCGAUCGCCAGAGACUCCAACGCUCCCUCGGACGAGAUGUGGAAAAUGAUUGAGAAAUGCGAACAGUUCUCCAAAGGAUCUGUUGGAUACGCCUGCCACGUUCUGAACGACCUGCUCAAGGAGUACAUCGAGUGUGAGAAGUACUUUGAAGGAAACGUUUACGACGAUGCUGUUGCUGAGAUCAAAGAGCGGGUAUGAAAAUGAAGAACUUACCUUCAAAAAACAAUUUGAUUGCAGUCCUCUUCCGGAGAAGAGAUUGUGAAUACUAUCUAUUCGCACACCCAACUCAAGGCUAAGAACAUUUUCCUGAUGGCGGUUCUCGAGACUGUGAAGUCCUACGGACUUCGUUACAUCCCGCAGCUCUUCGACAACCUUCGAGCCCUCGGAAACUUGCUUCACACUAAUGAAGUCUCCCGCACAGCUCGCGAACUUCUCUACUUGAACAAUUCGAUCAAGUACCGCAAGCAUCUUUUUGAGGUUGUUUUUGUAAUAAAACUUAGAUUGUGAAAAGAAUGUUACAGGCUUGGCAAGAGUAUGGCCGUGAAGAAACUCUUUCGGCUAAUGAAGCGAAACUCGUCCUUGAGAAGAAUCUCAUAGAAAUCAUGGAGGACAUGAAAACCAACGCCAACUCUUCAAUGUGGAAAGUAAUAAUGAAGUUAAGAAAUUCGAGAAAAAUAUCGAAAUUAAGAUUCUCCACGAGUUUUUCUUUGCUAACAUCGGAACUUCUGUCAUCAAGAAGUACGUUGAGAACUUCUUACCCAUCGAUGAUAACGUCCGUCUCUCGAAAAUCACGGCUGGUCCCACGACUCUUGACGUCAUCGACUUCACCUUCACACAAGUUGAGAACCGAACGUGAGAUUCAUAAAAAUGGGAAAAAAUUCAUUUUUUUGGUUCAGUCACUACAAGGUUCCAAUGGACAAGUACUCAAUUCUGAGUGUCGCUCGCUUGGAAAUUUCGAAAGCAGAUCUUCUCUACAACGUCCUGACCCACGAAGAAGUGACCAACAGCCUCGCACAGCAUUUCAAGAACUAUCUGCACAAUGGAACGCGCAUUCCAAUCCGCGUCGCUGUUCUGGUCAACGUCAAAGACUACGUUCGAUAUGAUGGUCUCAAAACGACCUCAGACAACAUUGAUGUGGGAAAAAAUCGAAAUAUAAUCAUUCAUACAAAAUUUUAGGAACUCCCUUCGCUCAGCGAUGAUGACGAAAAACUGAUGCACGAAGCCGACCGCACUUCGGUGGUUCUUCGUGAAGCCAUCAUGUCAAAGCUUCCGACUCUGGAUGUGGCGUCGCAAGUUAUCAUCUGCCUUCCAGGAAAACCUUUGGCUCAGGUAACAUUCCAUUUUCAAGAGGUCCAAGAACUCCUUCCUACAGCUCGACAUGAUCGAAGUGGAGAAACUUGAAAUGUGGCGUCUCCCAUCGACGGCCACGCAAGCUUCGAUGCGUCUUUCAUCUGUUCAUGCUUACCAGUGCGACGACAAAGACAACAAGUUCUCCAAGAUUUUCGUUCGGCAGGCAGUCAAUUUGCCCAGCAGCUGUCUGCAGAUGCUGUAAGUUGACAUUUAUGAUAAUAAUAUAAAAAAAUUUUUUUCAGCGAGAAGGACAUCCAAGCACAAAUGUUUGCUGCUCUCGACAAUGCUUGCACUUCCAUGAACGUCGUCAUGCACCAGAACAAAAAGAAGACAUUCGUUGGCAAUCACGUCUUCCUGCACAUCUCGUGCCCGUCGUUGUCUGAAAACCUCGCCACCAGCCUGGAGUACAGUCGAAUUCUCAACAAAAACAUUGAGCGUGAGAUCCGCAACCAACAAGCCAUCCUCUACAAACAUUCCAUCACCGAGGUUGGGGAAAAAUUAUUAUAGUGGAAUCAAUCAUUUGACUUCAGGUCGAAGUAGUUUAUGGAAAAAUCAAGGCUAUCGACGGGAAACCACAACUCAUCAAUCUUCGCGUCAAGUUUUUGGACGACACUGGCGUCACUCCGGAAAUUGGAAUCUACGAAGAGUUCUGCGGAGCCACAAAAGUAUUACUUCACUCCAUGUAGCUUUAUUACAAGAUGCACCUUUACAGCGCAAGAUCGUUGCUCGUUCUCACUCCAAGGAUCUGUAUGGUCCAACUCUUGAGCCUCACUCGCCAGUCCGCAAGAUCGAGAAAAAACGAGCUCUCACACGGUAAUAAACUUCAAAUUUAUACAAUUUAAAAAAACAUUUUUUUAGUGUGAGUGGAACCACGUACGUCUACGACUAUCCAUCUCUUUUUGGACGUGCCUGUUUCGAAGCUUGGAAAGAAUUCGAAAAGACUUGUUCCGGCGAAAACGAAGACAAAGUCAAUUUUGAAGACUUGCUGUCUCAGCUUCCUGCUAAUCAGAAGUCGGCGUACCAUGGUGGCAGCUGGCGCAACUUUCUGGAAAUCAAAGAAAUGAUUCUAAUGGUUUUUUCAUCCGUAAUGACUAAAUAAAAAACAUUUUCCAGAAUGGAGAAAUUUCUACUCUCUCUGACGAGCAAGAACUAAAGCAUAGAGCUGAUAACGGUCUCAACGAGUGCGGCAUGGUUGCUUGGAUUUUGACGUGAGCUUAAUAGAUUGAAAGACAAAAAUCAAUUAUUUUCAGUCUGUACAUCCCGGAGAAACCACAAGGAUUCCAAGCUGUGGUCAUUUCCAACGACAUCACAGUCCAGUCUGGCUCCUUUGCCACAAUCGAGGACGAUCUCUACGCUCUGGCCAGUGCAUAUGCGAGAAAACAUAAGGUAAAAAUAAAAGAGAAAUAAUGAAAUUCCGACCUUUUUUCAGCUCCCCCGAGUGAAUGUUUCUUGCAAUUCUGGUGCUCGAAUCGGUCUUGCUGAUGACAUCUCCAAUCUUUUCCGUGUGCAACUAAAGGACGAUAGCAACCCCCACAAAGGCUACGACUAUCUCUACGUCGACGCCAGCGACAAAGAAAAAGUCAAAGACCAGAUCGUCUACGAAGAACUAGACAACGGUCGACUUCGUGUGAAAGCUGUCAUUGGUCGCAAGAACGAAACCAUUGGUGUGGAGAAUCUUCAAGGAUCGGGCAAAAUUGCUGGAGAAACUUCGCGAGCUUAUAACGAAAUUCCAACUUACUGCUAUGUCACCGGUCGCUCCGUCGGAAUUGGCGCCUACACCGCUCGCCUGGCUCACCGUGUGGUCCAGUCGCGUUCGUCGCACCUCAUUCUCACUGGAGCACCAGCUCUGAACACUCUUCUGGGAAAAGAGGUUUUUUUUCUUAUUUUUGAUCGAUUUUCAAAUUUCAUUUCACCCAAAGGACGAUCAGUCAACUUUCUGAUGGAAAACCCAAUUCAAUUAUUUCUUUUUCAGGUCUACACCUCAAACAAUCAGCUCGGAGGAAUCGAAAUCAUGCACAAAAACGGCGUAUCGCACGCCAUCGUGGACGAUGACUACUAUGGAAUCGUGCAGCUCGUCAAGUGGAUGCGCUACUUGCCCAACCGCAUCAAGAACUUCCCAUUCGUGCAGCCGUUCGGAGUGGACACUGAACCUCGUGCCGUCGAGCUUCCACAGUCGGCAGCUGAUAGCGCCAUGAAACGACCUUACGACGUCAGACAGCUCAUCGACAGCGCUGGAACCUCUCGAGAAACUCGCCAAGGAAUUUGUGACACUGGAUCUUUUGACGAGAUAAUGAGUGAUUGGGCAAAGUCGAUCGUUGCUGGAAGAGCUCGCCUUGGAGGUAUCCCCAUUGGAGUGGUUUCCUCCGAGUUGCGAAGCUGUGAAACGACCAUUCCCGCGGAUCCUGCGGUUCCUGGAAGUCAGGCUCAGACGCUUCAGCGAGCUGGCCAAGUGUGGUAUCCUGACUCAGCCUACAAGACUGCGGAAGCCAUCAACGACUUCAACAAGGAAGGCCUUCCACUUCUCUUCUUGGCUUCACUUCGAGGAUUCUCUGGUGGACAAAGAGGUAAUUUUCAUUUUUCUAUCCAGUAAAUAAUUGAUAUUCGAUUCCAGACAUGUACGAUAUGGUUCUGAAGUUUGGAGCCCAAAUUGUGGACGCCCUCACCAACUACAAGAUGCCUGUCAUUGUCUACAUUCCAUGCAACGGAGAACUUCGCGGUGGCGCCUGGGUCGUUCUUGACAGCGAAAUCAAUCCUGGUUUCAUUCACAUGGUAGCCGACAAAGAAUCCAGAGGAGGUAAGAAAUAUUUCAACUUAUUUCCUCAAAUAGAAUACAAUUGUAGGAAUACUCGAGCCUAACGCCAUUGUUGGGAUCAAGUUCCGAGAACCGAAGAUGUCUGCUUUGUUGAAGAGAAGUGACUCGGAAAUCUUGCGCCUUCAGCAAGAAAUGACCGAGGCUGAGGUAAAAAAUAUUUAAAUAGAUGUUUAAAAAAACUUGGAUCUUUUUGAGUUUUUUUGGGACUUAGUUUUCAGACGCAAAUUUGACGGAAUUUUUUUCCUUUCCCUUUGCAAAGCUUUAUUAAAUUCUGAACCAGCUAUCGUGUAUUUUUGAAGCACUUUUUUCGGUUUAAACUAGGAAAAAGCAAAAUUUUUUAAUACAUGCUGAAUUUUAUUCAUAUUCCAGCCAGUAGAUGCAGAAAAACUGCAAAAAAGAGUGGCUGCAAGGGUCGACGAGUUGAAAAAGAGCUACCGAAGCGCGGUUGUCGAAUUCGCCGAUCUUCAUGAUCGAAGCGAUCGGAUGUUGGCCACAGGAGCUGUCCAGCACGUCACGAGUCUCCGCGAGUGCAGAAACCUCUUCAUGCGCGUAGUCCGCAAUGAGAUCGUCAAGAUAAAAAUGGCGGAAUCGUGAGUCUUCAAAAUUUGACUAGACCUGAAAUUCUAUGCUUUAUCUUUUUAGUUACAUGCGCCUGAGGCCGCAGGAAAAUCACCGAGACGCCUACAGCUGGGUUUGCCAGAAACUUGGCAAAUUGAUCGCUCCCGAAGUGCCGCUUGACGAACAAUACGCCAACAUGGAAACCUACCUGAAAGAAUCUUUCCGGGCCGUUUUCAAGAAAGUCACCGAGCAGGAAGCCGAAAGGUCAGUAGCAAAAAAAAUAUUAUCACUAUAAAAAAUGAAAAAAUUAAAGUUUCUAAUAAUUUACUUUUUUCAGAGCCGCAAGCUUCUACGCAAGAAUGUCACGGUCAACCGAUGAUGAGAUGUUCUGUGACAAUUGA